ACCAUCGCGCAGGCGCACACCAGAGACAACCGCGCGUGCUUCUUGUGGCGCGAGUUACCAGGCGACAUUCCGGCGCUGGGCAUGCUGGGACUUGUAGUUUGCGUAGAAGGGAAAAAAAAUCGCUUGAACUACAGCACUUCCCGAGGUCGUGAGUCACUGUUUCGGCGUCAGUCAGGAGGUUCGGUUUCUUGUGCUGCCGGUUGCCUCGCGGUUCAGAAAGCGCUGGUUUGCUGGUCGAGUGAGUCUGGGGUCAUUCCUCCGGAGUUAGGUUAGUGAGACUUUAAUAGGAACCCAAGGGAAUGAUUUCCAGCGCGCUCCUGGGGUGUUCUAGUAUUCGAGGAAUUCUAGGAGAGCCGGAGGCAUGCACCUCAUUAAAGACGUUUUACUUUGUGGAAAGCUUGAGUGGCUGACUUUUUACUUCAGAAGUGUCUUCCCUGGUUUCCCUGAGGUAGACCGAAAAACAGCCAGCAAGCGACUGUCUUGACCUGAAGCUUCGAAAUACAGUCAUAACUUGCUCAAUGAAGGGGAUAUGUUGAGAAAUGUGUAGAGUAGGUAAUUAACUUGUUGACGAGCCUCAUACCACACCAGGAAAGACACGACGGUGGUCAUAUGUUCUUUUCGGCGAAAACUUCCUUCUAUAGUGCAUGACUACUUGUUUAUGAAGUCUUUGACAAUUCUGGAUGCAUCAUCCCAUUUCCCUGGGGAGGUACAGCUGCCACUAUCUUCAGCGCUAUCCAGUCAAAGAUCAUGGAGAGCCGGACGGUGGUGGCAUACGCCUUUUAUGCCAGCACUCGGAAGGCAGGAGCAGGCAGAUGUCUGUGAGUUCGAGGCUAGGCUGGUCUACAACGCGAGUUCGAGGCCAGCCAGGAUUCUUACACAGAGACACCCUGUCUCAAAAACAAACAAACAAAGAUCCUGGAGACUACCCUUGUAGUUACACAAAUCGGGCUUGUUACCACGAAGAACAGCAAAGCAUAACUAUCCGAAAGAAAGCUGUUUGGACUUCUCAGAAGCCAAAUUAUGGACUCUACAAAAGUACUGAGAAGUCUGGAAGUAGUCUACUGGACUGUUUACUCUGGACCACUCUUUAUGUCUCGCAUCUCUGCAGUUCUUCAGCUGCUGAACGCCCCUUACCUGAGUUGCGAACCAUCCCGUGGUGCAGGCACAACAGGUGGAGGCCGCAGUGGGAUCAGGAACUAGGGAUCCCUGAGAGUUCACCCUCGGGAAUGGUGAGGGAAAAACUCUCUCUUUUAACUAAUUCCUCCAUUCAAGAAUUCCUAAUUGUCUUACCAAAUCUGCCUACAAUGAUGAUCCAGAAGACAGUGAAGUGUGAAGCUGGCUGCUGCUCCACAGAACAGUAGAAGCUGCAGUGGGUUUCAAGAUGGCUACCUAGUUUGGGAACAGCCCAAGAAGGGAUCCAGGGAGAGCCCACAACCCACCAGGAGAAAAGAAGCCAAAGAGACAGCCGUCUACCUGGGGGAACACGUGAAAGCUGCUAGCACCUGCAGCAUUUGGAGCCCAAAUGCCUGCGGAGUUUGCUGCAGUGGAGGUAGAGACUGCUCAUUCAUUUUCCGGCUAUCCAGACCCAAAUAAUCACACAGAAAUUUAUAUUAAUUGCAACACUGUUUAGCCAAUAUCCUAGGCGUA